AUGAGUGAUGCUCUUUGCGGUCCCUCAAAUGCGCUUCAGAACUUUCAGAAGCACACAUCGGUAGAUCGGACGCUUCAGCAGGAUCGAUUGACUUCUCGGCAGUCGCCAUCCCAGAAUUUCCGAUCCCUCAAUCCGAACGCUGGAGCUCUUGAUCCAGAGUUUGCUGCUUUCGAAACGACUUCUGCGGGCCCAGUGCUUCCUGAUAUCCAGCAUGCUACACCUUUCCUACCACAUAACACGCGUCUUUCCAUGACCGGUCAUGCCGGGAAUUCAGAUUGGACAGCAGAUUUUCAAAAUCUUCAAAUAUCUGGACCAUCACAUUCAAAUCCCCAGUUUCAACGUCCGUCAGCUGCCCCAAUAAGUACGGCAGCGCCAGGGGGCUGGCAACACGAAUUCCUGCAACAUCAACAGCGGAAUCUUACUACGCAGCUCCUUCAACCGUACAAUCAUGCCUUUCAGCCGUCUUUUGCACCUAGUUUCCCCUCUCAUGCCUCUGCAGCAGAUCUUGUCCAUCCAUCACAGGAAGUAGCUGGAGAGCGUCAAGCGCCCACUGAAGCUUUUGAUGAGUCUGCCUUUGAGGCCGCAUUCGAACAGGCGAGAGCAGAUUUGGAAUUACAGGCAAAUGAGACUACGCAGGAGGAAGUCAAUACGGCAAGGGAGUCAAUUCAAGUGGGCGCUCCUCAGACAGAGACCGGCGAGCAAAUAAAGAUUGGAUCGGAUACUAUUCCAUAUGCCAACAAGGAAGACCAGGCCUCGUCUGCGAAUGAGGCCGACGAGCUUGCUAGAACAGCAGGACAACUGCUGGAGAGCGUCAGUCAUGACCAAAGCCAAAAAUUCAAAGACAGCAAUUUCCUUGCCCUGAUGCGACGUAUCCGUGACCGAGAAGUUCAGGUUGAAGGUGAUGAAUUUCGUGAAACCGCACAGCCUUUACACCCCGGUGGGAGAAACUACCCAGACGAACACCGGGCACCGCGUCCUGGGCACGAGAAACAUGAAUUCGGGAUCACUGCUGCCGACAUUACAUGA